AUGCCUUUUUGUUGUCCCCCAUCAAAGGGAUUGACAGCGGAGGGGAAAGAGAUCGGCAUCGACGACUCGCCAGUCAUUGAACAAGAGCUCUGUUCAGUUGACGAGCUACCACCUGGGGAACGUAAAGAAAUCGAAGUUGAUGGUCGAAAACGUAAAGAAAUCGAAGUUGAUGGUCGAAAGUUGCUUUUGGUGAACGACAAGGGUACAAUCUUUUGCGUGAACGCUCUCUGCUCCCAUUACAAUUUCCCAUUGAUUAAAGGUUUCGUUUACGAGGGGAAAAUUCGUUGCCCACUUCAUGGCGCAUGUUUUUCGUUGAAAACUGGAGACAUCGAAGAGUUUCCCGGUUUCGAUUCGAUCAACUCGUAUCAGAUUGAGAACAGAAACGGGAAAUUAUUCCUGAAAAGCACCGAGAAACGGCUGGGAAACGAUCGACGAACACGAAAAGCGCCAAAAGUGAUCGAGAAAAAGGAGAAUCCAAUUGUUGUCAUCGGUGGAGGACCCUCAGCGGAUUCAUUGACUGAAACUUUGCGAUUGCUCGGUUGCACAACGCCGAUUGUGAUGAUAACGCAAGAUGAGCAUCCACCCUAUGAUCGAGUCAUGUUGAGCAAGAAUUUCGACGUACAAAUUGAUGCAAUUCGUCACCGAUUGGACGAUUUUUAUCAAGAGAGAAAAAUCACUGUCCGAACAAAGACAAAAGUUCUUAAAAUCGAUGCCACAACAAAAACGAUCGAAUUAGAGAAUGGGGAAGAGUUAAAAUAUUCGAAAUUAGUCAUAGCUACAGGAGGAACCGUUCGAAAGUUGACAGAUCCUGGGGCAAAUCUGAAGAACAUUUACUAUGUGAGAGAGUACUCUGAUGUGCAAGGGCUUGUCGAGAGCGCUAAAGACAAAGAUGUUGUGGUGAUCGGUGGAUCGUUUAUUGGAAUGGAAUCCGCGUCAACGAUCUCAAAAGUCGCCAAAUCGGUGACAGUUAUUUGCGCAACUGAAGAACCAAUGCCCGCUUUCGGGCGAGACGUCGGCAUGGCUUUUAGAAAGUAUUUCGGUUUAAAAGGUGUCGAGGUGAAAACGCGAGCUCGAGUCGCCUCACUCGAAGGUGAUUCGAUGGGAAAUGUGAUUGAGGUUCGUCUCCAAAACGGUGGACAUCUGCCGGCACAAGUUGUCAUUGCUGGAAUUGGCGUUGCUCCAAGUACGGAUUUUGUACGAAAAUCCGGGAAUAUUAAACUCGACAAUCAGGGCUUUAUUUUGGUGAAUGCUGAUUUUCAGACGAACGAUCACAAUAUCUAUGCGAUUGGCGAUGUCUGCUCUUUCCCAUUGCCUUAUUGGAAUCGGAAACACGUCAACAUUCAACACUUUCAAACAGCACAGAAACAUGGCGAACUCUGCGCAUACUCCCUGCUCGGUAAACCGCAUCCCGGCGCACUUGUGCCAUUCUUCUGGACCGUUUUCUUCAUGGAACGGGGAUCGCGAUUCGUUGGGCUCGCCGACGACUAUGACGAGGUGUACACGCGGGGAGAGGUGAACGAUUUCGAUUUCCGCAAAUACUAUAUCAAAAACGACGAGGUGGUCGCCGUUUGCGAUGCCGGACUGAACCCGAUCGCCACAAUCCCAUUCGCCGAGAUCUUCAAACGCGGCAUUCGCGUGACCCGAGAUGAAGUGGAAAGAAACAAAAACGACGAUUGGACGGCUUAUCUCGAGGCGCCCGUGGUUGCAGGCAAAAAC